GGUCGUGUCCGGAAGUGGCGCUGUGCACGAGAUACAUCUUUAGAAACAUGGCUGUGCAAAGCUGGACUGAUAUUCUGAAAUUCUCAAAGAAAACAGCUCUAAUACACGAUGGAAAAAGGAAAAUCCACUACCUCUUUACAGAUGGAAAAGAAAUGUCAGAAGAGUACGACUUGAAAACAGAUGAGCUCAUUGUACGAAAGUGGCGCCAUAAAAGUACACUCGGAGCUCAGAGCCAGUGGCAGGUGGAGGUUGGGGAGCCUCUAGCGGGCCCUGACACUUCCCUGGAUUCGGAGGUGAUCAAGGAGAACUGCUCCAACCCUUUGCUUAUGCGUAAAGACACAAAGACCAGCUUUCAGUGGAGAAUCCGCAACCUUCCCUACCCUAAAGAAGUCUUCAGUGUUUCUGUGGAGCCGUCUGACAGAUGCAUCAUCGUAAAAACGUCAAACAAAAAGUAUUACAAGAAGUUCAAUGUUACUGAUUUGGAUCGAAAUGAGCUGCCAUUGGAUAACUCUGCCCUCAGCUUCAGUCACGCCAACAACACUUUAAUUGUCAGCUACAAGAAACCCAAGGAGAUCUUAACCUUGGAACAGGAGCUACUGAAGGAGCUGAAGAAACUGAAGGGGACCGACGAAGGGGAUGUCGACUGCAAAACUCAGUGAAUUCGGGACUGUGGGAGCGAGGGGAUAAAUUCUGCGUUGAAUUUAAAGCAGAACCUCACUGUGUCAUGUUCAAGUCACAUGUGAGCCCACGUUUAUUUAUUCCUUCGACGCAGAUCCAUUCAGAAAACAUUUGCACAGUGCCUGGUCAAUGAGUUCCUAAUUGGGGUUCAUUUAUUACAGUUGAUAAUGUUAACAUUUCUCCUUCUGGAUACAUUUGAUACAGAUAUUGGUGUUUGAAAGCCUAGAGGUUACCUUUUUUAGGUGAACCAUAAAUGUUCUUUUUUCAAAAAAUAAUUUACAUAAAAAAUGCAAAUGUC